AUGAAUAGUCGGUUUCCCAGAUGUUGCGUAUGGAUCGUGGUGUUAACAGUGUGCUUCCCGGGUAUUUGCGCGUUUCUUAAGGAUAGUGAGCUGUUUGCGAGCAAUUUGUCGAACAUUGGAUCGUAUGAAAUCAAUCCAGCGAGAUCGAAAUUAUCGAGGAAUGACGGUGAACAACCAUUCGGAAACACAGAUACACCUGCAGUCUGCAAUUCGGAAAAAGAUGACUUUCCUGCAGAUUUGUUCACCGAUGAACAACGUCGACACGGAGCUCUACUGUUACACGCCUUCCUCGGAUUGUAUUGUUUUUUGAUUACAGCAUUCGUUUGCCACAACUAUUUAUUACCUGCGCUUGAUUGCAUAUGCGAGAGCAUGAACAUAAGCACCGACAUCGCCGGUGCGACAUUUCUUGCGAUGGCCAGCUCUUUACCGGAAAUGUUCGUAAACGUGAUCGGAACGUUCCUUACGAAAACGGAUCUCGGAGUCGGUACAGUUGUCGGUAGUGCCGUAUUCGAUACGUUCGCAACUCCGGCUUGUGGAGCAUUGAUGGCUCUUCAUGCGGUACCGCUGCAAUGGCGUGUAUUAACACGAGAUUGUGCUGUAUAUAUCAUAUCGGUUGGAGCAUUGGUCAUAGUAAUAUGGGAUGGUCGGAUUGUAUGGUACGAAGCUGUAAUGCUGUUAGUGAUCCUCCUUGUUUACCUAAUCCUGUUGUUUUGCGGGCCACGCAUGGUGCGUUCCUGUUCCAAUGGAGUCUCGAGUUCCACAAUGAAACUGCCCAACGGUGAUGAGAAUUCAUCGGCUCAGGGUUCAUAUAAGCCGUAUCAUAUUAAGAAUUCGAACGGCGACGAAUCGACGCAGCAGCAAAACAGAACAAACGAUCCAGAAACUUUAGUAAAUUUAAAGGAAUCAAUGAAACACGAGAAACCAGAAAGUCUGUUCCUAUGGCCGAAAGAGCGAACCACAGCGACGAAAUGUUGGUUUCUCUUCACCUGGCCAUUGAAGUUUCUAUUGUUCGUAACAAUACCGGAUGCUAGACGCGAACGAUUCAGAAAUUGGUAUCCACUGACGUUUGUUAUGUGCGUGGUUUGGAUCGCGAUAUCCUCCUACUUGGUUUCCUGGAUGGUGACGGUUAUCGGUGAUACUAUAGGGAUCCCGGACUCCGUCAUGGGUUUCACAUUCUUAGCUGCUGGUGGAAACAUGCCGGAACUUGCGUCCAUUGUGAUUUUAGCGAGACAAGGUGACGGAAACAUGGCAAUGAGCAACACAUUAGGAGCAAAUAUUUUAGAUAUUUUACUCUGUCUGGGUUUACCAUGGACGAUAAAGUGUUUAACGACGGGAAACGAUGUGGUGAUCCAGUCCGGAGCCCUAGCCUACAGCAUACUUUCAAUACUAGGUUGCAUAGUCAUUCUUUACGCGGUCAUUGCUUUCUUUAAGUUUCAUUUAAAUAAGAAGGUGGGAUUGAUUUGUCUGUUGUUAUACACGAUAUUUUUAGUGUUUUCCAUUCUUGCCGAAUUGAAUGUUUUCCUUGUUGUGAAUGUAUCUACGUGCGACUAACGAGCGCAAUUCGUGUGUUUUACAUUUUUAUUAAUUGCUUUCGCGUGCAACCGUGUUGCGUUGCCGUCACCUGUAAUAGUGUAACAUCUCUCCAUGAAAGAAAAAUGGUUCCUAAAAAGUCACGGUACUGUGCAGAGAUAACUUGUUGGCUAGG